AUGGCGCCGCCCCAAAAUCCUUCCUCGAUCGCAAACUCCCCAACUCCGGGGCCCUCCAUGAAAGGGGGCCGACAUCGUACUGCCGAAGCUCUCUAUGCUUGGUGUCAAAAAAAUCGUGAAAUCGGCCAUGUUUUCUCCCAAGAAGAACUCUUGUCCGCUGGCAUCAUUCCCAAUCGUGACCUUCAGAUUCUCCUCUCAUCUGUUGAACAUCUCGUCAACAAUUCGCUCUUCAGACUUCACGAUCGAAGUGGAGGCACCAUUGGCUGGGAACUGGUGGAUCAAGAAAAAGCCAAAAACUAUACGAAUCUCACCAGGGAUGAGAGGAUGGUCCUGUUUCUCAUCGACGCGGCUGGAAACUCGGGAAUAUGGACCAAAGUUAUCAAAUUCCGUUCUCAACUGCACAGCAGAGUGCUCGACCGAGUUUACAAGAAUCUCGAAGCCAAAGGUCUCAUCAAGCCUAUGAAACACGUUAAUCACCCUAAUCGGAAGAUGUUCAUCCUUGCGGGACUGGAGCCCUCCGAGGAAGCGACUGGUGGGGCAUGGUUCUCCGAUGGCCACCUUGAUGUGGGCUUGGUGGACACCAUCUCUCAAGUCAUUGAACAUUUUGUGUCUACUAACAGUUGGCGACAAGUCGAGCAGGGUGAGCUCGAAGAUGAACCGCAGUCUCCAGGUCGAAAGCGCAAGGCGCCUGCUGCGGGAUUUGAGGAUCGAGGAGAACAAAGAGCCAAAGCCGCAAAAUCCAACGAAGCACAGCGAAAGGGAAAAGGCCCGAAGCCCAUUCCUCAGAGAACCUAUCAACCUUUUCCUGCCGGUCACAGGUCAUAUCCCACACUGAGGGACAUCACUCGCCAUAUUUUGGACAUCAAAGUGACGCAGACAAUCUUGCCUCAAAAUGCGAUUCUCCAACUGCUCGAUGUCAUGGUCUACGAUGAUCGAUUAUUCAAGAUGUACCGACCUCCGAAUGACGACGAAUUUCCUGAUGAUCCUGCUGCCAACACCAUCACCAUGUAUCGUUGCUUCAAAAAUCCAACAGAAUUGUUUGAGCUUCACCAACUGGAGAAACGCAAGGUCAGCAGUCACGAUAGUACUCGCAAGGCCGCAUAUCGGCAGCAAGAGUUGGAAGACAUUGCCGAGGGUGGAUCCAGCGAGGUGCCUUGCAUGCGGUGUCCUGCGUUUGAUAUCUGUGGUGAUGGCGGCCCGGUCAAUGUGGUCACCUGUCGGUACUUCGAGCCGUGGUACGUCAACCUUGUCGAAGCCGACAAAGAAGCCGGUAUUGGACCAUACAGCUCGAGGAAGGAAGGGAAGGGCAUACAUAAAGAUCGGGAGAAAGAACGGGAGAAAGGUAAAGGCAAGGCUGUCACGUCCAACGGAGAUUCUGAACCUCCGGUUGAAGUCGAAUGGGAACCAUCGUAG